AUGAACAAGUUCCAAAUUGUUAGAUGUUUUUCACAUUGUUCAUGGAUUGGACGUCAAUUUAAUGUAAAUAAUAAAGAUAGGGUAAGUUGAUUUCUUUUUUAUACCUUUCGCUUUAGUUUGGCCUUUUAAAUAAGCGUAUACCUCAUGUGGAGAAGUUGAAAACCGUAGAACAAGUCAAGAAACCAGGACGAGUAAUCGAUGAUACAGCCGCUUUUUUGGGAUUCAAAGAUUCUGACGACGUUCCUACAAUUCAGGUGCCUAAAUCAAAGGAAAAGAAAAAGUUUUAUGGAGAGCAGUAUUACGGAAACAAGAAAAAACAACUGAAGCCGGCGAAAGUUAGCUUUAAUACAAAAGAUGUUAAUAAAACUUAG